AUGACCCUCAGACACCCUGAGCGUCUGAGCUCAGAAGGCGAGUCUGACAGCGACCCUUCUGCCACUGGAGUGAACUUGGAGUCUAAUGUCCGUGACGCUCCUGGCGGUCUCUCCCGUACUGGUGUCGAAAGUGUUGCUUCACCACAAAGAAAGCAGCCGGUGUGCGAGCAUCCUCCGAUUGUCCACCCUUUCACCACGGAUUUCGGUCCCAAGACCUUGACGAGAUAUUUACGAUCAGAAUGUCAAAGACUCGAGCUAUCUGCAGUGUUGGACAAAGGGAAAGGAAGGGAGGCGGAUUCCACAAAUUUGAACCCGUCAUACCAUGGCCAUACCUCCUGCGAGAGGCACCAUAUUCCAUAUACAGAUGUGGAGUAUGAAGUGGACGGCGAUGUUAGCUCUUAUGACAAAUCUGUGAUCUUCGGGACUCCUUUAGACGACCCAACGCAUGAAGGACUCUCUCAAGUCUCGGAUCAGUGUACGGGGCAGUCAUCGACUGAUGAGACGAGGACGCUUCCGACUACUGGUCUCUCGGACAUUACAAACUUGCAGUCCACCUUCAAUGAGUCGGACCCUCUGCAACCAGCUGCCUCUUACACGGGUACCCGACGGCCACAACGUCUGGUGCGAAAGGAGCUCGGUACUCGAGAAGCCCCCAGCGGCGAAAACGUCCCCAGUCUAAUCCGACCAUCGUCAAAGCAAACGACAUCAACAAAGCCGUCGCGAGGCAGGUCGCAGCCUGCUAUUACACCUCCCGAUACCGACUCGAGGCGUAGGCCCUCAAGAGCCCAGAGCGCCAGCCAUUCCUCUCAACCAGCAGACCAUACUUCUCAACUUCCCCGUUCCGGAUUGUCUCGCAGAACAAAUUUUGAAGAACACACCAAGACUAAGAGGCAAGUGGUUAGAGCUAUAACUGCCAGAGCACCUCAGACCCUAGAAGGAUCUAUUGGACAACCACGCAAGAAGGCACGCCAAUUCACAGCCGCUGAACAAUUCUCAGUCCCGUCGUCCUCGGCCGACAACACACACUCUAGCUUAGUAUUUGCUCCAGCGAGCCCUUCGGAGAAGAGCAAGUCUCGAUUACUUGAAUCUGGUCAUGCAGCUCUCCAAACUAUUCAGUGCGAGACGCCGGAAAGCAGCAAACAGCCCAUGAUAAGCCCUGGGAGCAGCUUGCCCCAGGAGACUUUCAUCAAUGGAAUUUCAACCCUGAAAGACGACAAGUCUUGCAACUCGCAGGGGAGAAUACACGACUCUUGUGGUGAGCCCUUAGUGGAUGAGAACUUACCCCCGGCAUUUGAUUACGCUGCGGUUGUGCCUGAAUGCAUUCCUGAGAGUGAGAAGCAGAAAUUCCUGGACACCGCACGACGCCGCACAUCGAACUCUUCCACGGACUCGGACUCGGACUCGGAGAGAUACAUUCCUGUGCCAGAUCUAGAUCGGCGACCCCGCCGAGAACAAGAUGGGGCGGGAAAAGGCAAGACCCCGUGCAAGUGCUCUCAUACUUAUUACCCGCGGGUCUGGUUAGCAUCAGAACCGCAGUCUACACUGGACUCUGGCCCAGGAAGUGUUGGAAGGACUUUACCGAGACCGAGGAUCACAGCCGUCACGGGGACGACCGCGGCAUCCCCAUCCAUCAGCUUGGAAGACUUCGACACCAAUCUAUGGAUGGAUAUUGCCACCUAUCUCUCCACGCAGGAUCUUAAGCGGCUCCGACUUGUUAGCCAUAAACUUGCAGGGGUCCUGGACAAGCUUCUGUUUCACAACGUGGUUGUCAAUUUUGGCCAAAGCUUCUUUGACGUGACGGGCGGAAGCUAUGACGGCGAAGCCGGUUGGUCGCCAUCCAAGUCUAUGUUUCAGGAGUAUGGAUCGAAUAUUAAUCAGUUUGGUGUAUCAUUUGAGUACGACCUGGCUGGGCUUAGUUCUGCGAAGCCGAAAGUCAUUGAAGAGGAGCAGACGGCCUGGUUUGGGACUUUCACUUGGCCAACGAAACAGUAUCCACGCUUUCCAGCCUUGCAAUCGGUGGAAGAUCUGGUUGACCACAAUCGUCCAUUGCUGAAAGAGGCGUUCAAACAUAUCACUAAAGCUUCCGAACUUGGGCUUUGCAUUGAUAGUGGACAUGGAUGGCUCGAAGGACCUGAUGUUUCAGAUCUCGCUUUGUUCAGCCGGCGUCUGGGGAAUGGGAGCAAAGUUUUUGGCAAGACCUUCGCAACGGAAGACGUCUGGACCACAUUUGCCCGGGGCGAAUAUUUCCGGUGGGCGCAGCAGAACACAAUCAAUGAGACAACGAAACACCUACUUGAACAUCGAACGCCGGAGCAGGGCUCUACAGUCAGAGAGAUGAAUUUCUUGAACUCGGUUCAGAUCCGCGACAUGGAAAGUUUCAGAGCCCAAGAACAACAGCCCGAUUACGACCCAGACUGUCAUAUUGGUGGACCAGCUGGGACUACCGAGCAGCAUGCCCUAAAUUUUCCUCUUAUUCUGGUUGGUCGCUGGAUGCAGGCGAAUACUGUGGCCGCAGGCCGCGUCGGUCGAGCAGCAGGUCGUCGGGGGGUUUCUCCCAGAAGACAGGCGCAAUGGCCUUUGAUCUUUAGUGGGCACAACGUUGCAGCUGAGGUGGGGGGCCACUGCACCUUUGUGCAGACUCUACUCUCGCAUCCGAUGAAUUCACCUCUUCUCCCUGGCCAUCUUACCGAAGCCCAGGCUCAAUGGUUGCUGGAGACUGUCUGGGCACAACGAGCCUUUCUAUCAGCGUACACAACUGCUAUCAUUACCAAUAAGCAAAAUUUCCGACGUAUUCAUACGGUCCGAAUCUCCAAAUUAUCAUCUGGUCUUCUUCCGUCUCUGGAACAGGGCGAGUUCUGGGGCUCGCUACCGGGCCUGAAGCAGCUUCAGAUCCUCAUUAGUCCUGAUUGGCGACAAGAACAUUGUAUCGGAGAUCGGAGCCAUUCCAGGAACAUGUCUAUUUCCCCGGCUAAAGCUGCCCAGAUGUUUACUCGGUUUCUUCGUUUAUAUGUGGUGAAGAUGGAACAUCUACACAGCCUGACUAUCGGCUAUGUUGGCGGAGGGGAACACGCUGUUGGUAUGUGUGCCCGAAAUCAGCAUGUUUUGCCAGCUCCAAUCGUACACGACCCGAAGCCUUGGCUCCAUGAGAAGAUGGACGGAAAGGAGCUUCUCGAUUUGACAAAGUUUGACCAUAUCCGCGAUCUGAAAUUUGAGAACUGUUGGUUCAGUCCAUGGAUGCUGCAAGAAUUUAUGAAGAGGAGCUGGGACACCAGUCUCCACUCGUUGAUUCUUGACUCGGUCAGCAUGAUCCCUUUUCAUGACCCUACUCUCGAACAUGCUUUGACUACCGCCGGAGAUAAUCUUCGUUGUCAGUACGACCCCUGGAACUGGCAUCGAGAGAGUUUGCCCACCAGCGCAGCUUGGUGUCGGGUUCUGGAAUGUAUCACACCUGGCACCACGCCUGCUGAACGGAAGCAUGAGGCCGGCUGCCACCGCACAGGUUCCCCGCCCCUACCCAAGCGAACAUUCCGUGGGCACAACCAGAAAAUCAUCUUCAACAGCUGUGGUUAUGUCAAGAUUUCCCUGCCGAAGAAACUGCAUCGUGGGUACAAACAGAACGCGGCGGUCUGCCAUCUUUUUUCGCCUUUGGACAGUGGUCUUCGUGCCCGCAAAGAGCGGUUCAGCAUGCAAGUUCCCCCAGCGAACUCGGACCCUGAGACACCCGUGACUGGUCUCCGCGUGCGUCAUCCGCGUUCGAGUGAGACCGACUCUUGGAACCGGGUCAUGAUGAACAAGUACAGUUCAGACAGUGAGGAUCAUCCGUGGUUGGGCAACUUGACUCAAUGCAUACACCCGAUUGAGAAGCGUGUUCUCGAGGAAGGCUGGGGCAUGACGUUUGGCUGGCCUAAUAAUUUGGACCGCUGGGCUGCCGUUGAAGACGGGUUUUAUGAGGGCGGGACAGGUCGAUUCAGUGGCGUCGUUGAGAAGGACCACUUUCCAACCGACGGUGAAGACGGUGAAAGUUGGAGCCAGACGGCAAGCUGA